UCCUUUUAUAGUUAACGCGGCGCUGUGAAGCUGUUUUCCGGGUUCACACUCGCUCAGCAUGUAGAGGAGGCGGACCAGCGGGGAGACACCUGGACCAAAGGCCGACAGACCGGAGCCAGGCACGGGAUCGAUCCCCACUUAUCGAUCAGCUAUCAGCACAGCAGGAUGGGGAACCUGAUCAAAGUGUUAACGAGAGACAUCGACAACAAUGGUGGAAACUUCUUCCUCGACUUUGAGAACGCUCAGCCCUCGCAGUCGGAGACGGAGGUGUGGGAGAAGGUGAACCAGGUGCUGACGGAGGCUCGGGUCAUUCUGGACGACCUGCAGGCGUACAGAGGAGCCGGAGAGGAAAUACGACAGGCCAUCCAGAGUCCUGGAGUAGAAGGAGUUCAGGAGAAAGCUUGGGCCGCUGUCGUUCCUCUCGUCACCAAACUGAAAACCUUCUACGAGUUCACUCAGAAACUCGAGACCAGUCUGUGGAGUCUGUUGGACGUCCUCACCAGCUCGGGUUCGACUCCCACUCAGCACCUGGAGCAGAAACAAGCUCUGGCUCGUCAGUUCGCUCACAUCCUUCACUUCACGCUGCGCUUCGACGAGCUCAAGAUGACGAACCCCGCCAUCCAGAACGACUUCAGUUACUAUCGCCGAACCAUCAGCCGCAUGAGAAUCAACAACGUGUCUGCCGACUCAGGGAACGAGGUGAACAACGAGCUGGCCAAUCGGAUGUCUCUGUUCUACGCCAGCGCCACGCCGAUGCUGAAGACGUUAAGCGACGCAACGUCGAAGUUCGUCUCAGACAACGCUGACGUCCCGCUUGAGAACACGACAGACUGUCUGAGCACGAUGGCCAGCGUGUGUAAAGUGAUGCUGGAUACGCCGGAGUAUCGUACCCGUUUCGCCAGUGAGGAGACGGUGUUGUUCUGCCUGCGUGUGAUGGUCGGAGUCAUCAUCCUGUACGAUCACGUUCACCCGGCCGGGGCCUUCGUUAAGACCUCCAACAUAGACAUGAAAGGAUGCAUCCGAGUGCUGAAGGAGCAGCCGCCCAGCAGCGUGGAGGGAUUACUGAACGCUCUCAGGUACACGACCAAACAUCUGAACGAUGAGACUACCUCCAAGCAGAUCAAAGGCAUGCUGCAGACAAAUUAACUCCACGCUUCUUCAGCACAACUGGAACUGGAACGACGCAGCUCGACAAAAAGUGUUUUUAUUUCUUUUGGUCCAAAUUUUCAAAAACAAAGAAACUACUGAACAAACCUUCAGAUAAUAAUACUUCUGUCUUUAACCUCAUUUUUUUGUUUUGUUUUAAAUUCUCUUAUGAAAGAAUAUAUUUCCUAUAGAAAGUGACUGAUGGAGUGAUUCUUCUUGGUUGAUCCAAGAACUGUAAAAAUCAGCUGUUUUUAUACAAGUUGCAUUCACGUCAUGUCGGAA